UCAGUCGCAUUACUCUUUCAAGACUUUUUUUUUUCCCCUCAUUUAGAUUCUUAUAGAGAAAGAGAGAUGAGAGAGAUUUACAAGUAAGCCCACGUUUCUCUAUUCUAUAGAGACAAACAGCAAAAAGUAAACGAGACGGAGACGAAGACGAAGCAAGUUGUGUAAGAAGAAGACGGACGGCGGUAUAAAGAGGUUUUUUAAAUUCAAUUUUUACUUGAUCGGGUCUUCGUCGGAGAGGAGAGGUAUUGUUGGCUGCGGCGGCGGCGGAGAUUUGAAGUUGUCGUCUGUUUCAAGUUAUUGGUUGCUUUUUGAGUUAGAUUGGAGGAAACCGUUUGAUUAGGUUUUUGAAUUCGUGUGGGAGAGGAGGAGGAAGAGAGGAUUGGGGGAAUAUAUAUAUAUAUAUAUAUAUAUAGAUGAAAGCUCUGAGAAGGAUUCAAACGACGUCGUCGUCUUCUAAUCCUUCAUCGCCAUUAUCAUCUCCUCCUGCUUCUUCUUCUUCGAUUCAAACGACGUCGUCGUCUUCUAAUCCUUCAUCGCCAUUAUCAUCUCCUCCUGCUUCUUCUUCUUCUUCGUCGUCUUCGUGGAUCCAUUUACGUUCUGCUCUCUUCGUUGUCGCUUCUUCAUCUCCUGCUUCUUGCUCUUCUUCUUCUUCUUCUGAUCGGCAACGUCUUAAAUCACCAUGGUCCCGGAGGAAAAGGAAGAAGCCACUCAGAGCUCAGCAGUGGAAGAGAUUCUUUAAUCCUGACGGUAGACUUCGGAAUGGAGGAGUGGAUUUAUUGAAGAAAGUUCGAAGUAGAGGUAUUGAGCCGAGCAUUCGGCUGGAAGUGUGGCCAUUCCUUCUUGGAGUGUACGGUUUUAAUAGUUCGAAAGAAGAGAGGGUUACUAUAAGAAACCGGAGAAGAAAGGAGUAUGAGAGACUACGCAGGCAGUGCAAACGGCUUCAAAAACACAAUAAUGGGAAUCUUAAGUUAAACAGGGGGAGUGACGCUAUCCAAGAUGAUUACGAUUGGCCUCAAGUGCAAGACACUGAUAGUUCAUGUUCUGAUGAAGUUGUCAGUGCCCGCGAGUCUCUCUCAAGUGAUGAAGGCAUCACUGAAGAUAUCGGGUACAUGAGUGAAGUUUCUUGUACAGUUGAGAGAGACGGCAGUAGUUCAAGACGAAUCACCAAUGCUACUAUCUCUACACUCAAUUCCGAGUCAUCAGAUUCAGAUUCUUCAGAUGAGAGUGAAGUGGUACAGGUCUUUCACUCUUCCGAUACUCCAGAUGUGAGUAGUACCUAUCCAGCCAACUCAACUAUCCCCAGGACAGAAGAGGAUUUUGUGACGUGGCAGCGUAUCAUUCGUUUAGAUGCCGUGCGUGCUAACUCAGAGUGGACCCCUUAUUCUCCAUCCCAGGCAGUUAUAUCAGAGGACAGAGCAUGUCGUGCCGCUGAAGCAGUUGGGUUAAAAGAUUACAAUCACUUGGAACCGUACAAAAUAUUUCAAGCUGCACGGUUAGUUGCUGUUCUUGAAGCUUAUGCUUUGUAUGACCCUGACAUUGGGUAUUGCCAAGGAAUGAGUGAUCUUCUCUCUCCUAUACUCUCUGUAAUCCCUGAUGACCAUGAAGUGUUUUGGUGCUUCGUCGGGUUUAUGAAGAAAGCUCGUCACAAUUUCAGACUGGACGAGGUUGGAAUCAGAAGACAGCUCAACAUAGUCUCAAAGAUAAUCAAAUCCAAAGACUCUCAGCUUUACAGGCACCUAGAGAAACUCCAAGCUGAAGACUGUUUCUUUGUGUACAGAAUGGUUGUAGUGAUGUUCAGACGAGAGCUAACACUCGAUCAGACACUUUGUCUAUGGGAAGUGAUGUGGGCAGAUCAAGCAGCAAUCAGAGCCGGGAUGGGGAAAUCUGCCUGGAGCAGGAUAAGGCAGCGUGCACCUCCAACGGAUGAUUUGGUGCUCUAUGCUAUAGCGGCCUCGGUGUUGCAAAGAAGGAAACUUAUAAUAGAGAAAUAUAACAGCAUGGAUGAGAUUCUAAGGGAGUGUCAUAGUAUGGCAGGACAAUUAGAUGUGUGGAAGCUCCUCGAUGAUGCACAUGACCUCGUCGUUACUCUACACACCAAGAUUGAACAUUCGUUCUCAUAAAUUUUGAUCUCGCGUUCUUUCCUGCGACUUGUCUAAAAUGGAUUCUUGAUGAACUCCCUGGUUCCGUGCAGGCCCGAAUUGGGCCAUGAACUCUCUUAUCCGUGAAUCCUGGCCGAUUGAAAUGAGGCUAGAGAUUGGAAGGAGUUGUUCUGGUGAAGAGAGAGGGGGUGUGUGAUUUAAUUAAAAUAAAUGUAUGUGUGUGUUGUGAAGACUGUGAAAAAAGGUUGAGGGUUUUGCUAAAUCCCACAGGGAAAGAUUUCUUUUACUUGAAAAAAUAUAUGCAUAUGGAAACAAAGCUGUGCAAAGAUGAUGAUGAUUUCAGAAGAAUGUGUGUGUUUCUGUUUCCAUGAGUCGCCGGGGUAUUAAACCGGAGAGGGCAGAGGAGAAUCUUACUCCCGGUCAAAGAAAAAUAUGUACUGUUGUAUGGUUUAAUGGAAAAAGGCAUGUUGAGUUGA